AUGGACUUCGCCCUCAUAACAGGACUUAAGACUGGGGAGCUUACAAUACCAGAAAAGCGUCCCAUCAGUAGUACAUUAAUGGACAAAUACUUCAGAGAAUAUCCAAUUAUUAAGAAGCAUUUAUUAGAUGCGUUUAAUAAAUUAGUUGAUACCAAUAAGCACGAGGAUGUAGUGAAGGUUGCUCUACUUAUGUGUGUAGAGUAUUUUGUUAGGGGAACCGAAUCGAAAACUAUGUGUAACAUAGAUUAUAUGUACCUAGUAGACUCCAUAGAGGAUUUCUAUAGCUAUCCUUGGGGUAGUUUGGCAUACAAUACAAUGUCGCAAGGGGUCGCAGCUGCUGUGAUGGCAUCAGGUGCGGUUCGCUACAAUGUAUAUGGUUGUGUCUUUCCUCUGCAGAUGGAUCCAUUCAGGAUGCUAUCGACGGAUGAACUCAAAGAGGUAGAAAAAUACUAUGAAGCAAAUAAGGAGACGGUAGAGGCUUCAUGGUUCAAGUCUAUAUGGGUAGAUGAUGCGUGGGUUGAUAACGUGGUAAGCAUUCGUAUGAGAGUGUCUAUAUACAUUGACUUUCAUAUAGUUAUAUCUUUUAAUCGAUUAUUGUUGAAUCAUAUUAUCUUGUGGAGUAGGCUAUCGACAAAUAUGUUGACUUCCUAGAGGAAAGGCAGUCUAAUUGUGCAAUUGCAUAUCCCCAAGAUUGCAAGUUCUGUCCCACUUAUUUUAUGAUAAAUAUUUAGU